AGGCAGCUUUCAGUGUUUGCUGGUCGGCCACAGCGACGGGGAAUUUCCCCGGCAGCCCACGCAACAAAAACGUGUGUCAUUUCAACUCAAAAUAACAACAAGAAAAAAGGCGCGACAGUUGGACAAAUCAGGUGGCACACCCCCGUGUUCCCCGGGAAUGGUUUGGUCCACGACGGUCUCCAGAGCCACAGCAGAGACUCCCAGCCUCCCACACGCAGCUUCUUCUUCUUCUUCUUCUUCGUGGGCACGACACGCAGCACUCGGCGUGUCCGCGGCCCACUAACAUGCCUCAACGUCGCAGGAUGUCGGCCCACAGGGACUGCCGUCGAUGAGGACUGGAUAGAAGCCGGGCCUGCGUAGACCUUGGAGACCAUGGAAAGCCCCCGGGAGAUGCUCGGAUGAUCCGCUGGACUGAGACCCGGUCCAUACAGCCCGAGACCGUGAGCGCGUCCUGGAGGGUGCUGACCUGCCACCUGGGUCACGGAGCUCCUCACACCAGAGAUGCCCUCGCCUCCCAACGAUGGAGAAGGAGGAGAAGGAGGAGGCGUGAUGGUGGGCUGCUACCAGGCCAAGAGGAAGGUGCGCAGCAAGAAGAAGAAGAAAGGCGUCAUCGGCGCCAACGUGGCUGGCACCAAAUAUGAGAUUGUUCGCAUAGUCAUCAGCGAGAUGGACUUCCUGAAGACCAGAGAUGAAGACGAGACCGCCAAUCUCAUCUGGAACGACUCGGCCGUACAACACGAGAAAAUUGCUGAGCUGAGGAAUUAUCAGAGAAUCAACCAUUUCCCCGGGAUGGGAGAGAUCUGCCGCAAAGACUGCUUGGCGAGGAACAUGUGCAAGAUGAUCAAGUGCCAGCCUCAGGAGUACAGCUUCAUACCCAAAACCUGGAUAUUCCCCGCCGAGUACACGCAGUUCCAAAACUACGUCACGGAGCUGCGGCGCAAACGCAAGCAGAAGACCUUCAUUGUCAAGCCUGCCAACGGAGCCAUGGGUCACGGGAUCUCUCUGGUCCGCAACUGUGAGAAGCUCCCGGUCCAAGACCACUUCAUCGUGCAGGAGUACCUGGACAAGCCCUUCCUCAUGGAGGGCUACAAGUUUGACCUGCGCAUCUACGUCCUUCUCACUUCCUGCGACCCGCUGCGCAUCUUCCUCUACCACGAUGGUCUGGUGCGCAUGGGCACCGAGAAGUACCACGCCCCCAGCGAGGACAACCUGAGCCAGCUCUUCAUGCACCUGACCAACUACUCGGUGAACAAACACAACCACAACUUUGAGCGAGACCAGACGGUGGACAAAGGCAGCAAGAGGUCAGUCAGCUGGUUCACGGAGUUCCUGCGCUCCUGCGACUACGACGUGUCCAAGUUCUGGGGGGACAUCUCUGAUCUGGUGGUGAAGACGCUGAUCGUGGCGGAGCCUCACGUCCUCCACGCCUACCGCAUGUGCCGCCCCGGUCAGCCACCAGGGAGCGACAGUGUCUGCUUUGAGGUCCUGGGCUUCGACAUCAUCCUGGACCGCAAGCUCAAACCUUGGCUCCUCGAGAUCAAUCGAGCGCCGAGCUUUGGGACGGAUCAGAAGAUUGAUUUGGAUGUGAAGAGAGGAGUUCUGCUGGACGCUCUGAAACUGCUCAACAUCAGAGCCAGCGAUAAAAAACGCAACCUGGCCCAGCAGAAAGCCGAGGCCCAGAGGCGUCUCUACGGCCACGGAUCUGUCAAGAAGCUCUCGGCUGCGUCCUCGGACUGGGAGAGACAGCGGCACACCUUGGAGCGAAGGCGGGAGGAGCUGAGAGAGCGACUGGCUCAGGUCCGCAAGCAGAUCUGCAGAGAGGAGCACGAAAAACAACAUCUGGGAAACUACCGACGUAUUUACCCCCCAGACGACAAGCUGCUGUUGGAGAAGUAUGAAAGCCUGCUCUCUGCCGCCUUUCAGACCUUCCUCGCCGGCCGAGCUGCCUCACUUCAGAAGGAAAUGAAUAAUCCUCUGAAACAAAUGAAGGAGGAGGACAUCCUGGACCUGCUGGAGCAGUGUGAGCUGGACGAUGAGAAGCUGAUGAGUAAAUCCUCCAGGCAGCGCGGCACCAAAGUGGCCCUGAGCGCCAUGCCCGAGUGCAGCCAGACGCCACGUCAGCGCCCGGACUACCUGGGCCACUUCGGCAGCGGCGCUGAAAACUCCUACUCUUCCUCAGAGGAAGAGGACGACGAGAGGAGGAAGGCGGGAGGCGAGAAGAGGGAGAAGAAGGUCUCCUACGACCUCCGGGUCAAGGACAAAAACUUGGCCGAGCGCUCAGGCCGCAUGCAUUGGAAGCCAGCAGUCAAGCCCACCAAAACAAGCCCCGCCCCCUCCGUGUCCCCCACCCCCUCCGGACCAAUCAGACGCUCCAUCUCCUGUCCCCGCUCCAUCGCGUCCUUGUCGUCGCCCGGUGAAGUGCGAGCUCCGUCCACAAGACCCGCCUCUCACGUCGCCACGCUGGCACGCCCCAGCUCCGCCACGCUGCGCUCUCAUUCGCUGAGUCGCAGUGGCUCCGCCCACCGGGUGCCGCACAGCAACAGCUUGGGAACCAUCCAGUCCAGCAUGGGCGAGCCACUAAUCAGCCUGAGGAGUCCAGAGCAGGAGGCGGAGCUUGUGCGUCAAACACUGACUGCUCUCAUGGCCAUGAGGAUCCGAUUUCCCGGGAAAACGGAGGAGGAGGCGGAGUCAGUGCUGGAUGAGAUCCUGGAGCAGUGGAAACACCACAAGGCGAAGGUGGCGUCCUACUGGCUGGUCAAGCUGGACUCCACCAAGCAACGCAAGGUUCUGGACAUCGUGAGGACCAACGUGCGCUCGGCCCUGCAGCGCAUCUGGAAGGAGCCAGAUGUGGAGAGCCUCCACCUGUAUCGCCUCUUCAACCGUGUCUUCAGCAGGCUGCUGUGGAGUCACGGCCAGGGACUGUGGAGCUGCUUCUCCAGCUCUGGGUGGUCCUGGGAGAGCAUCUUCAGCAAGAGCAGCGAGGUGAUCUCGCCCGAGGAGCGGCACUGCUGCCGCAGGCUGGUGCAGCUGUGCCGCGACUGUUUGCUGGUGGUCUACAAGUUCGUCUCCGAGUCCCGCGGCUCUUUGACCGGCCUCAGCCCCGAAUGGGACGACACCAGCCUCCCAUUGGUUGCUGGACCAGCCUCUACCAUCGGCACCACCCCUGCUGCUGUCGCCGCUUCCUCCUCCUCCGCCUCUUCGCCCCCUGAAGCAGGUACUGGAACGCUGUUAGCAGGAGCUGCCUCACUGCUCUGUCUCGCUGGAAGGUGUCAUAGGAAGAUCUGCUGACUCCUCAGGUGUCUCGGGUUCUUCACGAAGCGGUCUGGGGUUCUUCAUGAAGUGGUCUGGGGUUCUUCACGAAGCGGUCUGGGGUUCUUCAUCCAGCUUUGGUCGCUCCUCGCUCGCGACCUCUCGGCCAAGAUGGACCUGAUGUGAGGUCACGCUGGCCUCAAUGACCUUUAACCUCCUGGUGACUUCCUGAGUGUGACACUGAGACCCAGGUCCAAGGUCCAAAGUCCGAGGUCCAAGGUCCAGGGCUUGGACUGAGAACCUUGCAACAUUUGGAUGCUGUUUUUUCCCACAUGCAGUGAACGCCUCACGCCCUUACAGAACAUUAUUAUCUCUUUUUCUUUUUGUCUGAGAGCCAUUUUAGGAGCGAUACUUCUCACCUGUGCGAUACUAAGUCAGGUGUCGAUAUCCACAUCGAUCCGAUAUCAGCAGAAAAACCGCAGAAUGUAUUGUUUGUUAUGCUUUAUUCUUAUGAAUAAUAAUACAACACAAGGUAAUAAGUGCUUAAAUAGAAAUUCAUUGUUAUUUUUCUUUAUCAAAUAAAAAAUAUUGCUGUGAUAAAACAAAAAUAACAGUUUAUUGGGAUGAUUACUAUCAUCCAAUAAUAAACAAAAAAGUGUCUACUGAUUAUGAUUAUUUGUAUUUUUAUCAAUAAUAACUAAUAUGAAUACAAUUAUUCAAUAAUAAUAAUUGAUUAUCACCAGGAAAUAACAAGAUUUCCCUAUAUUUGACCAUUAUUAAAUAUUUGAAAAGGUUCCCCUAAAUAAAUAAAAAUCAGGAUCAUUACUUUUUGUUCAAUAAUUAAAAACUUUUUUUUCCUGAUAAAACAAAAUAUAAUAUUCCUAUAAUUAUAUAGUGCUUGUGAUGUAUUUUAUUAUUUUUAUAUAAUUCCAUUGUUUAAAAAUAUUUGUAUUUUUAUCAAUGGCUAUUAUUUAUUUUUUUAUUAUAAUGUUGACUGUUAUUAGCAAUAUUAAUAAAAAAUGGGAUAAGUCUGACUUUAUUAGAAAAUAAAAAGUUUGUUGUGAUCAUUUAAUCAAAAGUAUGAUAGUCCUAUAAAUAUAGUAGCAUCAUGUUGUCUCCUAGGCAGUGUUAGAAAGUCUCCAGGAACAAACGUGUCCGCAUCAUUCAACUUACUGCAUCAUCUGCUAAGUUUGGUGAAUUUUCACCAAACUUCAACUUAAAGACAGCGUAAGUCCAUUCCAGACAGUUAGUCAUAAAUACUUUGACUCAUUUCACUCGACUUCUCUGACAUUCACACCACCAGAUGAUACAAGUCUCUAUGCUUCCUGCUGAUAUCGCAUCACAUCAGUAUCGACCAGGUGUAUCGCAGGUGACUUGUGAAACAGGACGUUAGGAAUGUUGACGUGUGCGGCAGGAAGAGACGGAGAAGAAGGCGGAGCUAAAGAUGGCGACUUGAGGGACUUGGGGCGAUACGGCGACUCCUUCCUCCUUCGCUCUUUCUCUGAUGGUUUACUUGAAUGUUGUAGAAGUGUCAGGAGGAAGUACACCUUCAGUACUUCACAAGUACUUGCAGUACUCUGAUGAAGUGUCAGGAGGGAGUACACCUUCAGUACUUCACAAGUACUUGCAGUACUCUGAUGAAGUAUCAGGAGGAAGUACACCUUCAGUACCUCACAAGUACUUGCAGUACUCAGAUGAAGUGUCAGGAGGAAGUACACCUUCAGUACCUCACAAGUACUUGCAGUACUCGGAUGAAGUGUCAGGAGGAAGUACACCUUCAGUACUUCACAAGUACUUGCAGUACUCAGAUGAAGUGUCAGGAGGAAGUACACCUUCAGUACCUCACAAGUACUUGCAGUACUCGGAUGAAGUGUCAGGAGGAAGUACACCUUCAGUACUUCACAAGUACUUGCAGUACUCGGAUGAAGUACUUGGACCUGCUGGAUGUGUCUCGCUCCUUUCUUGUGCCAAACUAAUAAAUGACCUUCUCUACAA